CGUGGUUUGAUACGAUUAUGAGUUGCGCCAAAUGAAUUUCGAUUCACUCAUUGCAUCGCAAGCUCCGUAAUUCUUUGUUUGCUAGGACUAGGACACUGCUAUUGAACGAAAUGUUGCGUCAUUUCCUGUUUGUUCUAUCGCUGUGCCUUCCCACAACGACAGCCUUAUUAGACGCACUGUCACUGUGCAUCGAGACAGCGAGAAGGAUCAGCGCCUCGCAGGGUUUGCAACAGCUUCAAGUCACAUAUUCCAUGAUGCCAGUUACAUUGGGGGACAACUACCGAGUAUACAGGGCGCCAACGCUGCUGGGCACUGUUAUCGGCUGGGACAAGCUGGAGUGCUUGAACAACGGGACCGUCAUCUUGGGAAGUACGCCGUCGACCCUUCGUGUCUCGAUGAAUUUUCGAACGUCCAAAGGAGAGUACAAAACUUAUACGAGGCUGCCAAAGGACGAGGACAGCUUCAUCGACGUCAAGCUCCAGUGCCUCGACAUCGAGAUCAUUUUCCAGGUUACGGUGGACGUGAAUCAAAAGUCGAACACCGUGAAGGCGCAAGAUAUUGAAACCCUCUUUGUGAGGCCGGGAACGGUCGUUGCUGUCGUAGACGAAUCACGCGCCGUUGAUGACCCUGUGAAUCAGCUGUCGUGGCCGGCGAGCUCAGUGGCCAGCGCAGUGUGCGACUUUGUGCUGGAGCGUAACAAACUGUUGGUGACUUUAGAGGAUUACGUACAAGAAGCGAUAGAGAACGGCGAUUACCGGAAUAUUUCUCAUACUUGAUUCCUACGUUAAGGGGGAACUGAAGUGGAAAACUUUCUCCUCACAGAAUGAGAGAUGGCGUUACCUUGGCAUGAACACAAAAGGAACAGGAUGCUUCGGUUGCGUCGUUGUGAUUUUUGAAACCGAAGUUUUGCUUUGGUGUCAAAGUGACGUCAUCUUUCAUUUCGGUGGGGAGGGAGAUAGCGCUUCAGUGCCCCUUUAAUAGUUCAUAGGAGGCGCUUGUCUCUAACGAGUGCAGCGGGGAAAAUAAAGUUGAAUGCGAGUGA